AUGGUCAACAUGACGGUCACACACGAUUCCCAUCGAGGGUCUUCUACCUCACAGGGAGCGGCCGGACUUGCUCUCGAGGAUCGGUUUGAAGUCCUGAAGGAAAUUGGAGAUGGAAGUUUCGGUAGCGUAGCUCUGGCAAGGGUGAGGACUGCAGGCGCCAGUGUAGCUCGCCGUGGCACUGUGAUUGCCAUUAAGACUAUGAAGAAGACAUUUGAGUCCUUCACGCCGUGCCUCGAGCUCCGCGAAGUCGUCUUUCUACGGACACUUCCACCACACAGCCAUUUGGUCCCAGCCUUGGAUAUAUUCCUCGAUCCUUUUACUAAAAAGCUCCAUAUUGCCAUGGAGUAUAUGGAAGGGAACUUAUACCAGCUCAUGAAGGCCCGCGACCACAAGGCCCUCGAUAACGGAAGCGUCAAGAGUAUCAUGUUCCAAAUUAUGCAGGGUCUUGAGCACAUACACGCACACCACUUCUUCCAUCGCGACAUCAAGCCUGAGAACAUUCUCGUAACCACAUCUGGACACCAGGACUCUGUUAAUUCGUUUAGGCGGUAUUCGGCUUUAAUGACACCGCCUUCUACACCUCCGGCAUACACAGUAAAAAUCGCAGAUUUCGGCCUAGCACGGGAAACGCAUUCCAAAUUACCGUAUACCACAUAUGUAUCAACCAGAUGGUACCGUGCUCCCGAAGUUUUGCUGCGGGCCGGCGAAUACUCGGCUCCAGUGGAUAUCUGGGCUGUCGGUGCUAUGGCUGUGGAAAUUGCAACUUUAAAGCCGCUCUUCCCCGGAGGUAAUGAAGUAGAUCAAGUUUGGAGAGUUUGUGAGAUCAUGGGAAGUCCUGGUAAUUGGUACAACAAGUCGGGUGCUCGCGUAGGAGGAGGAGAUUGGAGGGAAGGUACACGAUUGGCCGGCAAACUAGGCUUUUCUUUCCCCAAGAUGGCCCCGCACGCGAUGGACACGAUACUUCAAUCUCCUCAAUGGCCUGCCUCUCUCAGUCAGUUUGUGACGUGGUGUCUUAUGUGGGAUCCAAAGGCUAGGCCGACGUCGACUCAAGCAUUGGCUCACGAAUACUUCACGGAUGCGGUUGAUCCGUUGCGACCUAAGUCGUCUGCGUCCAGAAUACUUGGCCGCAAACAAUCCGACAUAGGGCGUGGAAAGGAUUCCGGUUCUACGACGCCAGCUUCAUCGAAGCCGUCAUGGUUUAGAAAGUCGUUGAUCGGUCGAAACGAUAGCUCGGACGCUUCAACUGCCCCGGUUAGCGUAAAAGACAUAGUAGCUGCACCACGUCCGUCGCCCAUUCAUUCGCCGGAAGUAAAUGACGCUGCAGCUGCCAAAUCUCGACCUGCUCCAGGUAAGCGAACCACGUGGAACAAUGGCCCAUCCAACGUUGCGCCGAUGCCAAUCCUGCCCACGAUUCGGCCCAUCUCACCUCUUUCAGAUGCUGUUACUGCCCAGGCGUCAAACCGAGCUCCAUCUUACAACGAUUCCUAUGCCAGUAGAAGUCAACGUGCUAUGGAGGAGAAGACGGCCAAAAAGAUUGGCCGACAACUAUCUGUACAGUCGGGUACGAAUCAUUAUGCUGAGAUACAUCGGCAACAGGCUGAGCGCGCCCUAAAUGGCACUGGUGGGCUUGCAUCGCCCCCAAGUGGACACAAGGAAAGUUUCUUCUCCCAUCUUCGGAAGCGGGCGAGGAGAUUCUCUGGCCGGCAUCAAACUCCAGUGUCGCCGACGAAUGACGAAGACGUUGAAGCACAGGCGGGUUGUGGGCCUUGGGCUAGUAAUAGGUCUUCCAUGGUUAUCGAUCAACAUGGUUCAACUACCAAGGUAGACAACUAUGAAUCGCUAGACAGGACUUUGCGAGACCCUCAUGACUUGGGUGUUCCCGCACCACCCAUUCACAUGACCACAUCCAACGGAAACCUGAAACGACAUCACUCAUUACCGCAUCAACAACCCAGGUCUGUGGAUAAUCUUAUCGGAGCGGCCCGUACUACAGGACCAAUCUCCAGCAGAACAAGACGAGCACAGGCAACUCACGGCGUGCAAAGCGACGCAUUGGACGAAGAAGACGAGCUACUAGACGAAGUGCUGAACUCGACCCACCGCGCAAUGAAACGACUUGAGAAGGACGGAAAGGGUAAUCUACGUCAAUCAGCUAGUAACCUUGGGCUUUCGAAUCCAUACCCGACACCAUCGCCAUCCGCCAGUGGAAAUGUUAUACUGUUCGCGGAUGGGCAUGAGUCGGUGACGCCAAAACCAUUAGACUUGAACAAAAACUUGGGAAGAGAAGGCCAAUCGAAGUGGCCGACUCCCCCUUACGAUGAGAGCGAAUGGGCGUCGUCAGCAGCAGCAAGCAUUUGGGCUGCUGGUAAUAGGUUUUAA